GAGUUUAACAGGAGGCAUGGAUGUGAAGAAGAGAAAUGGAGCACCUCUGCCGGGCAAGCCCCCCCAGGCAAAGAAAGGUAAAAUUGGUACGGACUGGGAGGAUGGCCCCUCCCAGUUUGAGGAGGAGCUCGCCUUAUUCGACGAUAUGGACAUGGAGGUGGAGUCGGGGGAGGGGCAAGCCGGGCACGAUGUCAUACCCGUGGGUGACCUGUUCUCCGCUGACAUAAACCCACGCUGGCGACGCCCCUCCGCUCCGCCCCUGCUUGCUGAUACAGACACACUCGUUUUUCAACAGAUAGACUUAGACUACUACCUGGGCUCGCCGGUGGCUGGGAUGCCGGGACAGGUCCAAGGAAAGGUUCCGGUGGUCCGAAUGUUUGGAGUGACAGACACUGGCAACAGCGUCUGCUGCCACAUCCAUGGUUUUGCCCCCUAUUUCUAUGUCCCUGCACCCAGUGGUUUCUCGCCGUCAAACCUGGCUGAGUUUCAGAAGGAGCUGAAUUCAGUCGUGCUGAAGGACAUGCGGUCCAACAAAGACAAUAUCUCCGUGACUGUCCUCGCUGUGGACAUCACUCAGAAAGAGAGCAUGUACGGUUACCGCGGGAACCGUCCCGUGGACUUCCUGCGCAUCACCAUGGCGAUGCCGCGUCUGAUCGCCCCGGCGAAGCGUCUUCUGGAACAGGGUUUUAAGUUCGGCAGCUUCCCCGUCCAGAGCUACGCCGCGUACGAGGCCAACAUCGACUUUGAGAUCAGGUUUAUGGUGGACAGUGACGUGGUUGGCUGCUGUUGGGUGGAGCUUCCCAAAGGGAAGUACAGGCUGAGGGAAGAGAAGAGCGGAACGGACUCGGAUUCCCGUUAUCCCGGGAAGGUGUCUCUGUGUCAGUACGAGGUGGAUGUGGCGUGGACAGAUCUCAUCAGUCACCCCGCCGAGGGCCACUGGCAGAGAAUCGCUCCACUGCGGGUUCUCAGCUUUGACAUAGAAUGUGCCGGAAGGAAAGGCAUUUUCCCGGAGCCUGACGUGGAUCCGGUCAUUCAGAUAGCCUCCAUGGUGCAGAGACAGGGCGAGAACGAGCCCUUUAUCCGCACUGUCUUCACCCUGCAGAGCUGUGCCAGCAUCGUGGGCUCCCAGAUACUGUGUUUUACCCAGGAGAAACUGCUGUUACAGAGUUGGGCGGAGUUUGUUCGCACCGUGGAUCCUGACAUCAUCACCGGAUACAACAUCCAGAACUUUGACCUUCCCUAUCUGCUGAACCGGGCUGCUGCACUAAAGGUGAAUUUGUUUCCGUACCUGGGUCGCGUGCGGGGUAUUAAGUCCGUCCUCCGAGACUCCAGCUUCCAGAGUAAACAAAUGGGUCGCAGGGAGAACAAAACGGUCAACAUGGAGGGAAGAGUCCAGUUUGACCUCUUACAGGUUUUAUUGAGGGACUAUAAGCUGCGUUCGUACACACUGAACGCUGUGAGUUUUCACUUCCUGCAAGAGCAGAAAGAAGAUGUGCAGCAUUCAAUUAUCACUGACUUACAGAACGGGAACGAACAGACGAGGAGGCGUCUGGCCGUGUACUGUCUGAAGGACGCCUACCUCCCCCUGCGUCUCCUGCAGAAACUCAUGUGUGUCAUUAACUACAUGGAGAUGGCCAGAGUCACGGGGGUGCCGCUGUCCUACCUACUGUCCCGCGGCCAGCAGAUCAAAGUGGUGUCCCAGCUACUGCGCCAGGCAAUGAAGCACAAAUUGGUUAUGCCAGUUGUGAAGACAGAGGGGGGAGAGGACUACACCGGAGCCACGGUCAUUGAGCCUGAGAAAGGGUAUUACAACGUUCCCAUAGCAACGCUGGACUUCUCCUCUCUGUACCCGUCUAUAAUGAUGGCUCACAAUCUGUGUUACACUACACUGUUACAGAAGAGCCAUAUGGACAAACUGGGUCUUGCUCCGGAGGACUUCAUUAAGACUCCGACGGGGGAUUAUUUUGUGAAGAGAUCAGUGAGGAAGGGUCUGCUCCCAGAGAUCCUGGAAAACCUCCUGAGUGCCAGGAAGAGGGCGAAAGCAGAGCUGAAGAAAGAGACCGACCCGUUUAAGAAGCAGGUUCUGGACGGCCGACAGCUGGCGUUAAAGAUCAGCGCCAACUCUGUGUAUGGUUUUACUGGCGCUCAGGUGGGCAAACUGCCCUGUCUGGAGAUCUCACAGAGUGUGACUGGGUUUGGCAGGCAAAUGAUCGAACAGACCAAACAACUGGUGGAAUCCAGGUACACUGUUUCCAACGGUUACCAAGCAGAUGCCAAGGUUAUCUACGGUGACACUGACUCUGUGAUGGUGAAACUGGGCGUGGCCACAGUACAGGAAGCCAUGAACGUGGGAAAAGAGGCUGCAGAAUGGGUCUCCUCCCACUUCGUCCCACCAAUCAAAUUAGAGUUUGAGAAGGUGUAUUACCCGUACCUGUUGAUCAAUAAGAAGCGUUACGCUGGCCUGUAUUUCUCCUCCAGUGCAGAACAUCACGACAAGAUGGACUGCAAAGGAAUCGAGACAGUCAGACGAGACAACUGCCCCCUAGUGGCCAACCUCAUAAACACGUGUCUACAGAACAUACUUAUCGACAGGGACCCUGACGGAGCGGUCGCCCACGCUAAAGAGGUCAUCUCGGACCUGCUGUGUAACCGCAUCGACAUCAGUCAGCUGGUCAUCACCAAGGAGCUGACGCGCACCGCGCAGGAGUACGCCGGCAAACAGGCACACGUUGAACUCGCCGAGAGGAUGCGUAAGAGAGAUGCAGGUAGCGCUCCUAAUCUGGGCGACAGAGUUCCCUACGUCAUCAUCAAAGCAGCCAAAGGAGUCGCCGCGUAUAUGAAGUCUGAGGAUCCUAUCUACGUGCUGGAGAACAACAUCCCCAUAGACACGCAGUACUACCUGGAGCAGCAGCUGUCCAAGCCCCUGCUUCGAAUCUUUGAGCCCAUUCUGGGAGAGAGUAAAGCUGAGAGUGUGUUACUGAAGGGAGAUCACACGCGCUGCAAGACCGUUCUCACCUCCAGGGUCGGAGGACUGAUGGCCUUCGCCCAGAAAAGGAGCACCUGCAUCGGCUGCAGAGCUGUGCUCAAGACUGACGCCGCGGUCUGUGAUUUCUGUAAGAAGAGGGAAUCGGAGCUCUACCAGAAAGAGAUCAGUCACCUGUCCACGCUGGAGGAGAGGUUUUCUCGACUCUGGACCCAGUGUCAGCGUUGUCAGGGAUCCUUACACGAAGACGUCCUCUGCACCAGUCGAGAUUGUCCUAUCUUCUACAUGAGGAAGAAGGUGCAGAAAGACUUGGACGAUCAAGAGAAACUAAUCUCUCGAUUCGGCUGGUGA